AUGCCUGUAUCACGCGUCAAUCUCCGCGACGGUGCUCGAAGACGGUCAUCUCUGGCUGCAGGUAUCCCGUACUUUAAGCCUGGACGGAACGCGUCUCCGGAGUUGUCCUCGCCGAACGUGACCUUCGCGCCCAAUGUCACCCCAAUCACCUACAACAUCGAAGACGACCUCUUCGACGGGAUCUUGCCGCCUGUAUCGCCCUCAACGCUGUUCCCUCCCAGCCAAUCGCCACCCCCUGAAAGCAAGCGCACAUCUGGCAAGCGCCGCUCGUUGGGCCAUAUCCCCCGACCGCCGAAUGCGUUCAUGCUCUUCCGAGCCGACUUCGUGCGUAAGAAGCAUAUCCCGGGUUCAAUCGAGACAAGCCACAUCUCGCUCUCGAAAAUCAUCGGUAACGUCUGGCGAGAACUUCCUUAUGAGGACAAGCAAUACUGGGUUCUAGAGGCCAAGAGGGCGAAGGCCGAGCACAAGCUGCAGUACCCGAACUACAAGUUCAGGCCCAUCCACAACAAGGACAAGAAGAAAGCACGCGACGCCAAGAAACCGCCUGUGCCCACCCCGGUGUCCGAGGACAUCGACCGCCGUGCUGGCGCCGUUGCGCAGAUGAUGCUUGGCGGGAAGAAGGGCGAGGAGCUCGCCAGCGCUGUGCGCGCGUGGGAGGCGCGGAAUACUAAUGCGCCAGACAUUUCUUUCGGCCACGCCGACCCGGCUGGGAUUCCCCUGUUCAACCCAAUGCCUCUCUACGCUGGUCACCGUCGCUCGUCGUCUGUGCCACUCCCUCCGUACACCCAGAUUGCCGUCCCGUCCAUCCCGUUCCUCGUCAACUCGUACGCCGGCGGCUCCCGCGCGCCCUCCCCCGUUGGCCACAUCUCGGGCAUUUCCCGCGGCUUCCUUGGCCAGCGUCGCUCGUCCAGCGUCCAGCCAGUCGCAUCACAAUCGUGGGCCUUCUCCGACGCUGUGUGGGACCAACCCCAGCAGCUCCAGUCGUACUCGCUGCAUCAGGUCCCGUCGCCGCUCCCUGAGCCCGAUCACUCGCUCUUCCAGAGCGAGUACCUGACGCAGGGUUCGAACGUUCUCUCUGGCCAGGCUGCCCAGAAGGACUUCUCGAACUACGCCCUCAACCACAGCCACCACGCCGAAGUCUCCCCCCUCGAGGGCAUUCCGCCGAUCUCGACCGACUUCUCCCAGUCUGCGAUGUCGUACUCUGCGUCGACCGCGGGCGAGCUGUACUCCGCGACGACCUACUCCACUGCGCCUUCGCCCGUCUCCGCCUACCCCUGCGGAGACUACUCUCAGGACUCGUACGUCAGCGCGGGCGUCGACCCGCUCGACCAAGCGCCAUGGCCGCCGAGCGGGUCGAGCUCCACGUUCUCGGGCUCUCCGGCGCUCACGGACCACUCGCUCGCGGACGGCGUCGUCGCGCCCCAGCCGCUGCACCCGAGCCAGCACGUCCAGCUGGAGAUGCAGGAGUGGUCCCAGAUGGAGGCGGCCCAGGCCCAGGAGGCGAUUGACCAGCAGACGGCGCAGUCGUUCGAGGAGAUCGUCUCGUCCUUGGAGGCCGACCCGCAGGUGCACGCUGCGGACGGAUACGACAUGUUCGCCGCACAGGGCUACGCCGCCGUUGCGGCGCCGGGCGACGCGUUCCCCGCGUACGACGACAUGGGCAUGGGCAUCAACAUGGACAUGGCUGGCUUCUAG